UACAAGUAAGCGGAAAGUAAAGAAGGCAACAACAUGCAAACUGCAACUUUGGCAAUUUUCACUUUGGCAUUCAUUGGCACCACAGUGGCUGGACCAUCCACCUCAGUGCCCAGAGCUAAGGCUGAUAAUGCUAUACUCAACCUGCUUGCCGAAUCGAAUUUGCUAGGUUACUCAGCUGAUCCUGCAAUCACUACCAAUUGCUUCAACCAUUUUAUGCCAAUCUUAAAUCAAAUUUCCACCAACUUUUCGUUGCAAUAUGAGCAAUGCGUUACCGUGGCCACACAAGCAACAGCAAAUCUCACUACCACAGCUGCGCAGGGUCGUGCAACUUUCGUGAAUGAGACUACYGCUAUUUGCAGUGCGCUCACUUCUUGCCAUAGUGACACCGACAACUUGGACUUCUUCAACUGUUACGCCGCAGCUGCUUCUGCUGAUGUCAAUGAGAUCGAUAAUCUGUCUACUGACGCUUCGAAUGCCGCCAUUUCUCUCAAAGGUGGAUUGCAGCAAAUCAAGGAUACUGAGAAAAUCUGCACUAACAGCGCCCAACUCACCUAUGCCGAGCAGACCUCUGAGACUUAUAAGGAACUGAAUGCUUGUUUUGUUAAUGGCUUGCCAGCCGCUAGUACCGUUGCUGCUAAUUAAGCGAGUGCAUAGGUUUUUCUAKCAGAAUUAUUUAAAAUGUGGUACUUCAUAUGUGGCAUAAAGAUGMAAAAUGUAAAUAUUCUAAAUUUAUUGUUAAUAUUAUUUAUUGCACACGCAUAAUAUAAUAAAAUCCAAAUAUUUAUUGGCAAUAAUAUAUUAUUAG